UAUGUAAAAACUCUUAGCUUUGAUUUUGUCUAUAUCAAUAGUCUAUUCAAUAGACCCAAGUAUGGUGUAAUUGAGCACAGAAAAAAUAGAUGAGUUAUCUUAAAACAAUUUAGGAAAAUUUAUAAUAGAAAUGGCUUAAACACAUGCUGAAAUGAGAGGACCUCUUGGUAUCAAUGAGUGAGUAAUAAAAAUUUAGAUGAUUUGGUGACAGCAAUUGGUGACUUAGAAAAUGAAUUGACUAUUGAAUUACAAUAAUUAGAAGACGAUUUUACAAGAUCAACUAAUUAACAUUAAGUGACUUAAGAAAAUUUAGAUAUUAAUAUUGGUUAAACAGAAAUCAAUAUUUUCAAUUAAAAAGAUUUUAUUGAUGCUAUCCUAUUACCAAGCAUUGAUUAAACUAAUUCUAAAAUUGAAAGAUUAAAUGGUUUCAUUAAUGAUAACAGAGAUUCAUUAUCCAGAGAAACACUUGCAAGAUAAAAUUAACAUUAAGCAUAUUUAGAUAGAGGUAUUAUUUACAACAAUAUUUAGUUAGUGAACAUCAAGGAGCAAUAAGUGCUGUUGAUGAAGCCUUACAAUUGAUUAAUUCAUUAAUUAAUGGAAAUAUUUCCUUCUCAGAAAAAGCAACAAUUCAUUAAGCAGUCAAAAGAGUCAAUACUAAAAUAUAAAAGACCAGCGUAAUUCAUCCACUUGUUGAAGCUUUACUUUAAUUGACAUAGAAUUUUUCAGAUUAAGGACAAGCUAAGAAAAUUAAAGAUUUAUUAUAAGACACUAGAAAUCAAUUAGUUUCUAGUCUUAAUUAAGUAUAAAAUAUAUAUAUAUAUAUAAUAGGAAAAUACUGAUGAAUAAUAAAUCUAAGAAACUUGGGAAGCAAGAUAAAAGACUUUAAAUACAGAAUAUUAAGAAUUUAAACGUUCUGUAUUAGAAGCUACAUAUGUCUUAGCAGCUUAUUAAAGUAAGUGUUUAAAUUUAAUAUUUAGAUAAAUUGAAAUCCACUCAAGAAGCUUUGGCAUAAAAUGAAUAAGAUUUACAAAAUUACUAGGAUUCUUUAUGUAAAAAUGAUUGACCAUAUGUAUAUAGAAUAGGAUAAGGAUGCUUAAGCCUAAGAAAUCUAAAUAUAUAAUGAAUUGAAGGCCCAAUAUCAAAUUUAACUCCAAACUACUAGAAAUGCCAAAGAGUUUGUGAAUUCUGCUGAAUUUAGUACUGUUAUUAGAAAUAAGUUAAAUUCAGGAGGAUUAGUUUGAU